AGUGGCUACCGAUUAUCCUAAGAUGAUAACGUAUGCAAGAUGCUUUCUUGAGGUUGGGCCGCCAAAAAUUCAAUUUAUCCAACAUAAUCAUGACGAGGUUACGCUGACGUUCAAGAUAAAGAGUGGGAAAGUUGAAUUCACUUUCUUCAAAAAAAUACUGGGACGAAUUAAAAAAAAAGCUUUUGAUGCCUUCAAUCAGACAGUAAAUAGAAAUACUGCAGUAAGAGCUAUUGUUAGGCUAACUCAAAUAAAAGGGAGAUUGACUAAGGAGUCAUUAGUGGUCCUGGAUUUGUCCACCGCAAUUGUUAACGUUCCUCAUUUAGUAAAUGGUGAUUUAACUGAAUCAAAAAUCGAAACCGAAAUUAGAGCCUUCUUCGCCAAACGUUUAAAUUCCAGCGAUUUCGAAGUUGCUCGAAUCACGUACGAAGACACUCUCACGCCUCGUUCCCUUGUACCUGAUCGUUUCUACCUAGCUACAGGCGGCUUUAAACCAGACGGCUCAGGUGAUGGGAGUCUCUAUAUUUUCUUCCGCACACAUUUCACCAGCUCCUCGGCGACAGGUGCGACACCGAGGGAUUUUAACGAUCCCAUUACGAUCGACCGACAAGUCAUUCCGAAUGGUUACGAAGUAGUUUUAUUUAUAAACAACAAAAUCAUCUUCGGUGACAUCAUGGUGAAAGACAUCAGGAAAAAGUUAUCAUUUGAUGUGCAGACGAAAAAUUUCCCAGGUAUGACCGAGAGCCAGCAAUCCCAGUAUGUCGUCGGAGUUCAGGACGCGAAGUACCAUUUUAGAUUGUUCGCAAAAGCAGGAAAAGUUGACGUGUCGAUUAGUGCAAGAAAAUUCAAAGUUCGAUCAAGUAAUAGAGGAAAGAAGAUUAAAGUGACUUGGGAAGUAGAAAACCAGCCAAUAAGGAUACCAUAUUAUGUAGAAAAAUGCGCCGGACAUGUUGCGUAUCAUUGCUGGAACGAAGAAAGAAAAAAGACAAAAAACUUUGAUGUGAACUUCGUCAAGUACUACAAGCCAAAUAUCGAUCAGGCCCAGACCAUUACGUAUACAGGCGAGUCAGCGACGGUGAAUGUUCACUCGGAUUCCGUGUCAGGAUGGGAUAUAUUUUGGAACAGUGGUACCUCAUUACGACGAGCCAAAAGAAAAAUCGAGGCGCAACUUCGAAGUUACCUUAAAAAAUUAGAUUUCAAUUUCAGAGAUAUUUCAACAUUCGCCAUUACGCAGGUUCUUUUUCCGAACAUGGAUGUUUUUCAACUGGAAGAGGUGUACAUUCCUGGUGAUAUGGUUAUCUUCGGACGUGUCAAGACGAACAAGACAAAGUAACUGAAACAUGUUGCAAAAGAUUAGAAGAAGAAGUUUAAUUUUUUUCUGAGCUAUCAGGGGUUUAGAUUUUUUAUUUUAGGGAUUUCAUUUUAUAGGUUGAUUACCUUAACAAUUAAUGUGUUGAUCAAGUCCGUAUGUAAACAAACGUUUUUUUUUAAUUUUGAACUUUUACACUUUUUG